AAUGAAUGCUCGUGUUUUGGCAGGCUCUAAUGUUGUUUUGAUUCUUUGUGGUUCUUUUAAUCCUCCAACUUAUUUACAUCUUCGAAUGUUUGAAAGGGCAAAGGAUUUUCUUCAACAGGAAUGCGAAUGUAACGUUCUCGAUGGAAUUAUCAGCCCCGUUUCUGACCAUUUCAAAUCUAAAAAGCCUUCUCUAGCACCAUCAAUUCAUCGUUUACGUAUGUCUCAAUUGGCUACAAGUUCUAGUGAUUGGAUUAGAGCGGAUGGCUGGGAAUGUCAAAGAAAAGAAGGAUGGACACGAACAUUGGAAGUUCUUAAAUAUCAUAAUAUGCAGAUGCUUAACAGGUUUUUUUAUAUUUAAGUGAUUUUUUAAUGACGCGAGCCUUUGAAUUGUGUGUGAAAUUUUCGUGGUUUUUGUGGUUAUGUUUUUAAGGGUACCUUCUAAAUCUAGGAAAUGAGAAAGCUUAAAUGAGUUCUCAUUUAUAGCCUGGAUUUUAUCUUUACUCGAGAUCAAUCUUGACUCGAUCACCUGCGGCGUUGAAAAUGGACGAAAAAUGGCCUCUAGAGCUCUAAAAUUCAAAUCCAAAAUUUCGGCUCUUUCAUCCUCAAUUAUUUUUAAUUAUUAAUAUUUUUAAACUUAUUUUUCAGCAUUAUCGUUUUGAUGCAAUUUUCAACAAGAUACGAUUUCACGAUUUUGUGUUUCGCAUUCGUGCAAAAUAUGAGAUUUAUAAUUUAAGUUUUUUUAUAAUUUAAUUUUUUUUAUCAGGGGUACCUAAGGGUCGCUUUUCGAGGGUGCAUCUUGUGUCAUUCUCCUCUAAACAUUUCUUUUUUGGGAUGAGGGGGAGGUGGGAGGUCCUCAUUUUCUUCCCCACCACCUUUAUGGCGUCCCUUACAAUUUUCAAAUAAAUUUUCCAAUUUGGCGCCUUCGGCACAAAAAAUUUUUCCCACCUUGGCUCCCUUCC